UUAUUCACCUAAUUUACCCUCGUCUAGCUUAUGCAGAAUGAGCAGGUUUGCGAGAACUAUUGAUGCCGAGGGCGUUGCCAUUCUAAAGCGCCGCCAAUAACUCAACCAGGGAGCUGCUCUCAGUUAUCAUGAUCACUUCCCAAUUUCAAAAGUCAUCGGAGAAGUUUCUGUCACCUUGAAGUGUAAUAUUCAGUUAAAUUGCUCAGUGGCAGUGCGUGCCAUCCCUCUUCAUGGCCUUCAUCAAACAAAGGGUUAGCUUAUACAGCUCUCUUUCCCCACUCUCACUCUGCACUUUCAAACUCUAUUCUUCUUCUUCCGAAGCUUUGAUUUCAAAAGCUCAUGACACAGACGAAACCACAGAAACUGCCCAAACCACUAACCUGUCACCCCAAGAGACCAUUAUAGCAGAACAAUUUCACUCUCUCAUUAAAGACCACUACCGCAAGAACCCUAAUCCCAACGCCACCCCACCCACCCCCAAUUUCACCAUACCCGAUCUCAACAUCAGUUUUUCCAAAAUCUCCGCCACAGAAACUGUUUCCCCCGCCGUCACCCGCAAGGUUAUCGAGAAAUGCGGGGGUGUCCGCCAUGGCAUCCCCUUGCUCCAGUCUCUCGCGUUCUUCAACUGGGCCACCUCCCUCGAGGGCUUCCCUUCAUCCCCUGAGCCCUACAACGAGAUGAUCGACCUUGCCGGAAAGCUGAGGCAUUUCGAUUUGGCAUGGCAUUUGAUCAAUUUGAUGAAAGUUCGCAGAGUCAAAAUAACCAUCGACACGUUUUCUGUCCUUGUCCGACGAUACGUGAGGGCCGGAUUGGCUGCGGAGGCGGUUCACGCCUUUAACCGCAUGGAAGACUUUGGUUGCUUCCCUGAUAUUGUUGCAUUUUCAAUUGUGAUUAGUAGCUUAUGCAGGAAGAGAAGAGCAAUUGAAGCUCAAUCAUUUUUUGAUAGUCUUAAGCAUAGGUUUGAGCCUGAUGUUAUAGUGUACACUAGUUUAGUUCAUGGUUGGUGCAGGGCUGGGAAUAUAGCGAAAGCCGAGGAGGUUUUCAGGGAUAUGAAACUGGCUGGAAUCAAGCCUAACACAUACACUUACAGCAUUGUGAUUGACUCACUGUGCCGGUGUGGUCAGAUUUCUCGUGCUCAUGAUGUUUUCUCAGAGAUGAUUGAUGCCGGCUGCGAUCCUAAUGCGGUUACUUUCAAUAGUCUCAUGCGAGUUCAUGUGAAAGCUGGAAGGACUGAAAAGGUCUUGCAAGUUUACAAUCAGAUGAAGAGGCUGGAUUGUCCUGCUGAUACGAUUACUUAUAAUUUCCUAAUUGAGAGUCAUUGCAGGGAUGAGAAUCUUGAAGAAGCUGUGAAGGUUCUCAACUCAAUGGUUAAGAAAGGGGUUUCUCCUAACGCGUCAAGUUUCAAUUCAAUUUUUGGAUGCAUAGCUCAGUUACAUGAUGUUAAUGCUGCUCAUAGGAUGUAUGCUAGAAUGAAGGAGCUGAAGUGCCAGGCUAAUACAUUAACUUACAAUAUAUUGAUGAGAAUGUUCGCGGACUCAAAAUCAAUUGAUAUGGUUUUGAAAUUGAAGAAGGAGAUGGAUGAGAAUCAAGUUGAGCCCAAUGUGAAUACUUAUCGAAUUUUGAUUUCAAUGUAUUGUGAAAAGGGGCACUGGAACAAUGGCUACAAGUUUAUGAAGGAGAUGGUUGAAGAAAAAGGACUAAAACCUAAUCAAUCUGUUUAUGAAAUGGUUCUAGAGCUGUUGAGGAAAGCAGGGCAGCUUAAACUGCAUGAGGAUUUGGUGGAAAAGAUGGUUGCCAUGGGAUUUGUCUCUCGCCCUUUGUAGAAGUAGCUUCACUUGUCACAUCUUAGUUUAUAUUAAACUAUAAACUACUUGUAUUACCUGCUUAACUCAUAGUUUAGUUGGUUAAGAAAAUAGUUGGAGAGUUCUUUAUUUUA